AUGGGAUACAGUGAAGAUUCGAAGGCCUACCGACUAGUAGACGUGUUGACAUCAAAGAUAACGAUUAGUCGAGAUGUACAAUUUUUGCAAUGCAACGAACAGAUACAAAUGCAAAAUAAUACAAAUGCCACGUCGGAAGAUAACGAGAUUCCCAUUCCGUUGUUCGAAUCAACAACAGACGAAGAGCUAACUGCUGAUUCAGAUGUAGAUCCAGAUGAAGUGUCAAUCGAUUCUACUACAACUGACACUAGCGAUCAGUACGAAUGGGAAGAUGCUCCUGUAGCAGAUGAAGAGAUGCUGAGGAGAUCAAAGCGUACAACCCAAGGAAAACUGCCGAUGCGGUAUGCUUUUCUGGCUGAAACUGAGUUUCAGGAGGAGCCGAAAACUCUAGCAGAAGCGCUGGCGAGUCCUGAUAGCAGCAAUUGGAGAAAGGCAAUGCAUGAAGAGCUCGGGGCCAUGAAACGUAAGAUACCUGGGAGCUAG